AUGUCUUGCCAGGGCCUGGUGGACACGCCGCGCCGUGGCCGGAUGGACAAGCCGUACCAGGUCUGGGUGGACACGCUGUCCCCAGGCCCCGUGGGCACGCCGCAGCAGGACCAGGGGGACACGCUGCACCAGGGCUCGGAGGACACGCCGCGCCGGCGGGGCCCGGGGGACACCCCGCGCCAGGGCCAGGUGGACAUGCUGGGCCGUGGCCUGAUGCGCACGCUGCCUCGGGGCUGGGCGGGCAUGCCAGGCCCACAGCCAGAGGGCCAGGAAGCCAGCUGUUCCAGUUUGCCUUUCCGGUCGCCCGUGGAGGUAGAGAUGGCCCGCCAGUCCCUGGCCCCAUCUACCCAGCCCUACCAAGGGCCAGUACGCAAGGAGCUCGUAGUGUCCAGCAGUGUCCUAGCUAUCCGGCUGACUGCUGAGGACCCUGGCCAACUCCGGGUUUCCAGCACCUCCUGUCUCAACUGGCUUUCCCUGCUGGUUUGGACCGUGCAGCGCUUUGUGCCCCAGUUUUUCACGAAGCCUGGGCCAGGAAAGGGGGCCUCAGAUUAA